AUGCCCUUUAAUUCUUGUACAAAAACUUCACAACCAAAAUAUCACCAUUCAACAACGAUAUUAACAUUGACGUCAAAACAAGGGUUAGGCAAGGCGAUACCAUAUCGCCAAAAUUAUUUACCGUUACCCUCCAGAACGUCAUGCGAAUAUUGGAAUGGGAAUAUGGGAGUGAAAAUCGAUGGUAGGCAGUUACACCAUCUUCACUUUGUUGAUGACAUCGUCCUUAUAACACCAAACAUUAGCCAAGCGGAACGAAUGCUUGCCGACUUUGAUAAAGCUUACGGAAAGAUUGAUCUUCGACUAAAUCUCACAAGAACGAUGUUCAUAAAGAACGGAUUGGUUUUGGACACUCCACUCACGCCCAACGGGACGAAUAUCUCCGAAUGCUUCAGUUACAUCUAUCUAUGUCAGGAAAUCAACAUGUUGAACGACUUAGCCCCAGAGCUAACCAGAAGGAAACGAGCGACUUGGGAAGCUUUUAAGAGCAUCGAGAAUGUAGUGAAGAGAAAAAUGAACACCCGACUCCGUUCCCACCUUUUCGACUCAACGGUACUUCCUGCCCUAACGUAUGCGUCAGAAACCUGGUCGCUGCGUAAGCAGGAUGAAAGAUCACCCAGCGUUAUCGAACGCGCAGUCGAAAGGACGAUGCUAGGAGUAACCCGUUUCACGCAACUAAGGGAAGGGAUCCGAAGCUCCGACCUGCGUGAACGAUUAAAAUCAAAGAUGCCGUUCUGUAUGCCAAACAGUCGAAGAUAA